GCAGGCUCUGCCAGUGCGGGGAGGUAGCGCGCAGAAUCAGGAGGUGCUGGCGGCGGGGACCGCUUCCGGACACCAGCGGUAGAAUUGCAACCUUGCCAAUGGACCUGAUCGGUUUCGGUUAUGCGGCCCUUGUGACGUUUGGAAGCAUCUUGGGAUAUAAGCGGAGAGGUGGUGUUCCAUCUUUGAUCGCUGGUCUUUUUGUUGGAUUUUUGGCUGGCUAUGGAGCCUACCGUGUCUCCAAUGACAAGCGAGAUGUCAAACUAUCACUGUUUACAGCUUUCUUCCUGGCCACCAUAAUGGGUGUGAGGUAUAAGAGAUCUAAGAAAAUCAUGCCAGCUGGACUGGUUGCAGGUUUAAGCCUCAUGAUGAUUCUAAGACUCAUCUUACUGCUGCUCUGAGAAUCCAGAGGAACUGAAGACUAAAUUCAUAUGAUUCUACUGUAACGGGCAGAGCAUACACUUUGGAUUUAAAAGAUGAACUUCAAGGUGGAAUAUUACGUGUCUUAUUUUAUGUUACAAACAACAGAAAUGUUCCAAAAUGAAUACCAGUUUGAGGGAUUUUUUUAAAAACUGAAAACUCAACUGUUUUCUACUUGUCAGAUAAUGGUCUUGUUAAAGAUAUUCAAUAAAUCGCUAUACAUGCUUUCA